CCGGCGCCCGCCCCGCCCCCCGGGUUUCCGCGCGCCUCUCUGGCAGCUGGUCACAUGGUGAGGGUGGGGGUGAGGGGGCCUCUCUAGCUCGCGGCCCGUGUCUAUGGUCUGGCCCGAAGCGUCCAGCUGCCCGGGACCGAUCCCCGGUGGAUGGCGCCGCAGGAACCGGCUCCCGGGCCCAGAUAAAGGGCCACCUCCACAGCUCUUGGCCGAGCGUAAGAUCCCCUGCUCCAAGAAUGGCUACCACUCGAUAUGAACCCGUGGCUGAAAUUGGUGUCGGUGCCUAUGGGACGGUGUACAAAGCCCGAGAUCCCCAUAGUGGCCACUUUGUGGCCCUCAAGAGUGUGAGAGUUCCUAAUGGAGGAGCAGCUGGAGGGGGCCUUCCCGUCAGCACAGUUCGUGAGGUGGCCUUGUUAAGGAGGCUGGAGGCCUUUGAACAUCCCAAUGUUGUACGGCUGAUGGAUGUUUGUGCUACUUCUCGAACUGAUCGGGACAUCAAGGUCACCCUGGUGUUUGAGCAUAUAGACCAGGACCUAAGGACAUACCUGGACAAAGCACCUCCGCCAGGCUUGCCAGUUGAGACCAUUAAAGAUCUGAUGCGUCAGUUUCUAAGCGGCCUAGAUUUUCUUCAUGCAAACUGCAUUGUUCACCGCGACCUGAAGCCAGAGAACAUUCUAGUGACAAGUAAUGGGACUGUCAAGCUGGCUGACUUUGGCCUAGCGAGGAUCUACAGCUACCAGAUGGCCCUCACGCCUGUGGUUGUCACGCUCUGGUACCGGGCUCCUGAAGUUCUUCUGCAGUCUACAUACGCAACGCCUGUGGACAUGUGGAGCGUUGGCUGUAUCUUUGCAGAGAUGUUUCGUCGGAAGCCUCUCUUCUGUGGAAACUCUGAAGCUGACCAGUUGGGGAAAAUCUUUGACCUCAUUGGAUUGCCUCCAGAAGACGACUGGCCGCGAGAGGUGUCUCUGCCUCGUGGAGCCUUUGCCCCUCGAGGGCCUCGGCCAGUGCAGUCAGUGGUGCCGGAGAUGGAGGAAUCCGGAGCACAGUUGCUGCUGGAAAUGCUGACCUUUAACCCACAUAAGCGAAUCUCUGCCUUCCGAGCCCUGCAGCACUCCUACCUGCACAAAGAGGAAAGUGACGCGGAGUGAGAAGAGGGGCUGCCUUGCCUCUGCCAGUUUCGGUGGAGAGAACCUCACUGAAGCAGCGGCCUCUGCCUUCCCCUGAGGCUGUGGAGAGUCCUCCAAUUUUUUACAGAGAAUAUUUUAAGCCUUAAAUGACAGUUCCCCACCUCUCCUUUCGAGGUUGAUGCCCUCCCCCUUACCCUCCCAUUCCUCUCCACUAUAGGGCAGAUGUAUCUGUCUCCUUCCCUCCCUGGUUUAUAUUGGGAUCAUUUUUAUACAGGAAAACAAAGCAAGACAAAGAA